AUGGAACCGAAAAUCGUGGGCGAAAUGGCAGACGAAGAGGUGGAGGCGAUGCGGGAGAUGUUGUUCGAAUGCGCGCUGAACCCAGCGAUGUGCACUCCGGAGACGCAGGAGCAGAGGAAGAAGAGGAUCAUGCGGACGGUUGUGGGUGUUGGCUUGUUGGGCGCUGUAGCUGCGUCGGCGGUGAUUCUGUUCCGUGAUCGGUUUAAAUGGAAAUAG